AUGUUAAUGAGAAGCGGUCGGCUCGUGCCGCUCUUUUCGCGCUACGGCGUCGUCCUUCUUGCGGCUCUAGUGGUUUACUUCAUCGUGCGCUCACCUGUCGCAUCCCGUUUCUCGCACUCCAACGUCGCCCUGGGGAAAGGCGAAGAUGCACUCGGCCCAAACAAAAUCCCCGCAGCACAAGGAGAAGAGGGUAAUGGAGGUGCUGCUGCUGGCAACGGCGGCUUGGCGAAAAUCUAUAAGAAGCCUGGAGAGCGGUAUGCGCCGAUUGAGGACCCAUUCCCUUGGUUGACGAAACACAACAAAAUGCCACCGAUACUGCCCAACAAUCUACCACCGAACCCUCAUGUGCCAGAACACACGCCUCUUUUCAUCGGCUUCACACGGAACUGGCCGAUGUUGCUGCAGUGUGUCUGCAGUUAUAUCGCGGCCGGGUGGCCUGCGUCCGACAUCUACGUCGUUGAGAACACAGGAACCUUCCGCUCCAACAAGGACGCCGAACUGAGUUUACAAAACCCCUUCUUCCUUAACCACACCCAGCUGAGGACACUGGGCGUACACGUCUUGAUGACACCGACAUUGCUGAACUUCGCCCAGCUGCAGAAUUUCUACUUGCAUACAUCAUUACAGCGAGGCUGGGAGCACUUCUUUUGGAGCCACCAGGAUGUCAUCGUCUUCUCUGACGAGGAGGUCAGGAAGAAAGACCGAGACCACGAUCACGAUCACGACCCCUACGCGACGAUUUACGAGAGAGCGGUGGGGCUGUUGAGGUAUCUCAACGGGCCAGACAUGCCGGCAUGGGCGACGCAUUUCUUUGCGUAUGACCAUCUGACGCUGGUCAACCGGGAUGCGAUGCUUGACGUCGGCGCCUGGGACACCCAUAUACCUUUCUACGCCAGUGACUGCGAUAUGUACCUGCGGCUCCAUUGGGCAGGAUACUGGCAGCCGCAAAGUGAGGCGGGCCUGAUUUUCGACGUCAGUGUGUCGUUGGAUGACGUGGGUGCGCUCUUCAGAUUGCCUGGUUCGCAUGCCACCUUUGGUGGUGACGCAGCUCUUGAGGCAUUGAUUCCAGAGCGACCCGGCAAGGAGGUCGAAUUAAGACAAGAACAAGAGAUGAAGUCGUGGGUGGACAAGGAGGGAGAGACGUACCAGCAUCUCGUGCAAGUUGCUGGCAGGAUGCAAGAAGCCAAAUGGGUUGGCCGUGGUGCAUUCAGAAAUUCUUGGCAAGCACGCCAAAGCGGCGGCGAGGGUGAACCAUUCCACCACCACCCCGAGGGAUUUGAACAAGGCAUUAACAUGCUCAUCGAUGCGGGACGACGAGUUUUCGCGGAGAAAUGGGGUCACCGGGGGUGCAACCUACUCGAAUUGGGCAUCGAAGGUAAAGAUGCAUGGAAACUCGAAAAGGACUGGGACGCGCAGAGUAUCCCGGGAGAAGAGGGCGGCGACUGGGGAAAGGAUUGGAUGGGAGUAUGA